UUAAACUCGAUUGUAUUAACACGAAUGUAGAAGCGUCUAUAUUCGUCGCUAUUCACAAUAUUUAUACGUUUGAAUCAUAAUAAUUGUUUUGUUACGACAACUCACAUCUAUACUUACCAUAAAUGUAAUCAAUUUCUACUAUUAAUUUUUUCAUGAAAAUGCAUGUCAAAGGGUAGAUGAUUCAAAGUAUUCUACAAAUUAUAAACAUUGUACUCAUAAAAUAUGCAAAAAUUGUAUCAAGUAAUCAUAUUGCUCAUAUGCUAAUUUAAAAUAUUUUUGAAAAAUGCAGCUAAAUAUUCUAAAACUAUAUAAAUUCAAAAGAGCACAGAAAAUAUACUUGUACACUUCAUUGAAAUAUCAUAAUCAAGAAGUUUAUAAUAAGUUGAUUUCAAAAAGCACAACUGACUUCAAUGAUAUCAUAGAUCCAAAAGUAAAAAAUAUAAAAGAUAAACUGUUGUACAGUGAUUAUUUAGAAAAUAAUCAAUUGAAAUAUGGCUAUAAACAAAAUAUAAGGAUAAAAAAUAAACUUCGAUAUAAAUUUGACAAAGAAAAACAAGAAUUAGAUCGGAGUAGUUUUACCUUAAGUAUUGCUUUAAAAUAUCUAGAUAAUGAAAGUUCAAAUUUAUUUAUAAAAUCACAGAUUAAAGAAAUCAAUGACCAUAAAACUGAUACAGAAGAAUUAGAUAAAGAGAAACCAAUUUACAUGCCUUAUGCUCAAACUGAUAAAUUUGAAAAGAAAAUUAUAAAUACUUCUAAAAAUAUAGAUGAAAAUGAAUUACAUUUAUUAGAUGAAAAAUUUAAAAAGCUAUAUGAAAAAUAUUUGGAAAUUACAUCAUAUUCACCUCAAAAUCCAACUGCAGCAAGUAUUAAGGAAUUUAAAUUAAGAUUAGGAGAUGAUUGUUCAAAAAUUCCCUCAAGUUGGAUGACAGAUUAUGAAGUAUAUAACGAUGAAAGGCAACAAAAUAUAGUGAAUGAUGAGGAAGUGAAAUAUGGAACACCAGAUCCAAAUAUUGCAGUUAGUUCUAUACCUUGCGGGGGCUGUGGAGCACUUUUACAUUGUCAAGAUCCUGCUAUUCCUGGAUAUUUACCAUCAGAGUUGUUUACAGACAUCUGUGACAUUGAUUUGAAGUCAAUUAUAUGUCAAAGAUGUCAUUUUAUGAAAAAUUAUGAUACUUGCUUAGAUGUACGAGUUUCACCAAAAGAAUAUCCAAAGUUAUUAGAACAAAUAAAUGAUAACCCAAAAGCUUUGGUCAUAUUAUUAGUAGAUCUUACUGAUUUUCCAUGUAGUAUAUGGCCAGAGUUGCCAUCACUCAUUGGACCUAAAAGAAACGUAAUUGUAAUAGGAAAUAAAAUAGAUCUCUUACCAGUGGAUGGACCAGAAUUUAAAAAUCACGUUAAAGAUUGUUUGACUGAAUCUUUAAUCCAAAUGGGCAUAGUGAAGUCAAAAAUUAAACAUAUUGGUCUUGUUUCAGCCAAAACUGGAUUUGGAAUAGAAGAAGUGAUAAAUAAAUUGCAUGCAACAUGGAAUUACAAGAGUGACAUUUAUUUAGUGGGCUGCACUAAUACAGGAAAAUCAACACUUUUUAAUCAUUUAUUACAAUCAGAUUUAUGUAAAUCACAAGCUGUUGAUCUUGUACAAAGAGCAACAACAUCUCAAUGGCCAGGAACAACCUUAAACCUACUGAAAUUUCCUAUUUUAAGACCUACUCCUUGGAGAUUGUAUGUUAGAGUGAAAAGACUGCAAGAAGAUCGGAAAUUGAAAGUUGAAGAGGAUCGCGAUCAGUUAAGGCAAUAUAGAAAAACUCGAAACAUCGAGCUGACAACUCUACAAAGUCGCAUCACGCACUCAUUCAAAAAAGACUAUGAAAUCAAGCAGGCCAUUACGAAAUCACCAAAUCAAAAUUUUAUCGAACUUAGAGAAAUAAAAAAAUUUGGUUUAGAUGAAACAGCUAAUGAAUACAAGUAUAGUAAAUGGUUUUAUGAUACACCAGGUACCAUUCAACCCGACCAAAUUUUACACCUUUUAACCACAGAUGAAUUAUUAAAAACUCUUCCAAAGAAAGUGAUUUCUCCAAGAACAUUUUGUAUUUGGCCUGGCCAAUCAAUAUUUAUAGCUGGAUUAGGAAGAUUAGAUAUUUUAGAUGUUCCUACUUUCAUAAGGUGUACAGUAUUUGCAAAUUUAGUUUUACCAAUUACAAUAUGUCGAGUGGAGAAUGCUGACUUUAUUUAUAGAAGAUUACUUGAAUCGGAAGCAUUUAUUGUUCCAGUGAACAAUCCAAAUCGAUUAAAAAUGUGGCCAGAAUUAAAAUCAAAAGAUAUGGAAACAGUUGGAAUUGGUGAUAAAGAAUCUGUGUCUGAUGUGGUGUUAUCUAGUGCUGGUUGGAUAGCGAUCACGGCAAAAUCAGAUGAAAAAGUCACUAUGAGGGGUUGGACACCAGAAGGUCGAGGAAUCUAUUUACGAACUCCAGCGUUAUUGCCAUAUUCUGUAAAUUUACGUGGGAUGCGUAGAAUUAAUAGUCCUGCGUACAGAUUAGGUCGACGAGUAUAUACAUCAAAUAGGUACUAGAAAUUUAAAAAAAUAAUAAAAAGAACUUUUUUCUCCGUUUUCCUCACGUUGUUUUGAAAAAUACGGUACCUAUGUAACAUGUUCGAAAAAGAGAUUUUAAUUAGAUAAUAGUAAUAGUACUAGUGCGGGACAAUAGAUUCUUAUCUUGUGUGAGGUUUAUUGAAGUAAAGCAAGGAUAAAAAGGUAGACGAGACGAAAAUCUGUUUUCUGAACAUGUUAGGUUCAAUUUUUUUUCAAAACAUGUGGAAAGCAUCCAUUUAAGCGCACGUUUUUCGUCGAGAGUGCAAGAAAAGUCGUACCACGGCAUGUUAAAAAGUCUGUCUAACAAACAAAAAUUUCCAGUUUUUUGUCAAUUAAUGUGAUUUUGUAUAAUGUUGUUUAUUAAAUUGUACUUUCAAUUGUCAUCAGUUAUAUUUUUAUAAGAAAUUAAAAAAAUGUAUAUAUAAAACGUAUAUUACAGUCGUUAUAAAUCAGUGGAAUUACUAUUUAUGCUAAAAUGAAUACUUUUUCUAUACUGUUAAUUGGAUGUCGAAUGAUUGAAAAUUUUGAAUUUUAAUAACUAUAGAAAACAUUUUUUCUUCUGUAUUCCAAUUAUUAUGCUAGAUGAAGUAAGCAAUGUAACUAUCUAAAUGUUACAUAAAUAAAUGUGCACCAAGGUAUUCUUUUUGAAAAAUCACACCUUUUGCCCUCUUCAAUCACUUUAAAUGGCAAUUUAUAAAUUAUGAAGGACUGCUA